AUGUGUUCCACGGACUGCACUCAUUGCCUGGGGGCCACACUUCUGCAUAUGGCACUGAUCAGUAUGUUGCUCAAUAUUCUCCUCUUCUUCCCUGGAAUGCAACGGGUAUCAGCUGAAAAAAUUCCCGAUGAGGCCUGGAAGCUUGGAGGUCUUAUGGGAAGUGGGGUGUUGAUACUUUUCCCUGCUUCUGUGUACUUACAGCUAAGGCACUUUAACUGCUGGGGAUGCUUUAACCAUCCGGCCUGUGGGAGGUCACUUUCAAGUAUGAAUGCUGUAAUAUUUUCUUGUGUUGGAAUCCUAGGAUCAUCAUAUGGAUUAUUUAUGGCAUUGUUUGCUAUUUAUAGGGGUCCCAAGUGUUUUGUAGGAGGUGAUAAAUGGGAAUAUCCCUUCCAUAAAGGGAACUAUCUGGUCGAUUUGAAAUAUUGGAAAGACUGCAAAAGUCCCGCUCAUAUUGUGCCCUGGCACUUGAGUAUUUUCAUCACUCAGUCAUUAUUAAGUGUCAGUGAGUUUGUAAUAUGCACCUUUGAGCUGAUCUCUGGCCUCUUGGGAACAGUCUUUGUAUCAGAAAAGUGCCCAUGGGCACACAAGGACCAACCUCCCCCAACACCCCCAAGCCCAUCCCCGCUACCUCUAGAGGCUGGCUCCGGCGUGGGUCGGAGACUUCUACCUUCACUGCUCCCUCCUGCAGGAAACCCUCCAGCCCCUCAGUUACAAGUGCCUCUCUGUCCUGCCUACCCAGCCUCCACGUUACAUUGA